AUUCAGUCCGUCUCACUUGUCAUUGCCAAGGGCUAUGCACCGGGUCGGGAUUGGUUUGAAGAUGGGGUGGAGUUCUCUAGUUGGUGGAGGAUAUCCUUUAAUUAGACUAAAUCUCUGGGCGCCUGCUGGUUCGGAGGGGCAGGGUUCAGUCCCAGUCCCUUUCAUUCAAAAAGCUGCACUCUCUUCCUCUCUGUCUCUCUUGUCUUUGAUUUCCAUCGCUGCCCUUUGUCUCUUGUCACAUUCGCUACUUCCCCCUCCGGGUUCAUCUUGUGCACCUGUUGCGCUUGUCAUUCGUUCUUUGUCCUCCCCUUUGAUUUGGAACUUCCUGUGGAAGAUUCUCCGUCCGGUCCUUUCUGUUGUUUGUUCUUAAUAAAUUCAUUUUUCUCAAAGCGAAACAGAGAGAUAGAAAAUGCCUUCGGUUCGUCAUUUCUGACCCAGAUCUAUAUAUCCUUCAACCGCGAUAUCGAAUAUAGAUCGGCAAAUUACCCGAGUAGGAAAUUUGGCUUACUAACAACCGGAUCUAUAGACUUACACUCGUCUUUUCGCGGCGCUUUGCGCUCUUGCGGCCACUGCCAACGCCGUCACCACCAUCGAGGUGAAGGGAAAGGACUUUGUCAACAG